CGAAAACAGUAAAAUUUAUAAGUAGCUAAUAUAUUAACACGUAUUUACGAGAAGUGGAGAUUGGUGAUACAUAUAAAAAAAUCUUCAAAUACUUUUUUUUCAAUUUGAAACCAGUAGUUACCAGGAGCCUUUUCAUCCCCUUUGUCAUCGUUGUGUGUACAACAUUUACAAGAAGACGUAGACAGAGGAACAGAAUAAGGAGACCAAGUCACUCAAUCGCCCCUGCACGAAAAUCAUUCAAGAAUAGCAGACAUAACGUUAACAUAUAUUUAUUUUGAAUUUUUUGUAUAGCCACACACAUAUUUUUUAAUUCAAAAUGGUAAAAGAAACUGGUUACUAUGACUUAUUGGGUGUAAAACCAAAUGCAACUCCCGAGGAGUUGAAAAAGGCAUACAGAAAGUUGGCCUUGAAAUAUCAUCCAGACAAGAACCCAAAUGAGGGUGACAAAUUCAAAGCUAUUUCACAGGCCUACGAAGUAUUGUCCGACCCUGACAAACGGUCAAUCUAUGAUGAAGGUGGCGAAGCUGCUAUUAAGAAGGGUGGUGCCGACACUGGCGAUUACCGCAAUCCCAUGGAAUUCUUUGAGAAAUUCUUUGGUGGUGGCUUUAGUUCGGGUCGUCGUCGUGAACGUCGCGGCAAAGAUGUUGUCCAUCAGCUGUCUGUUCAGCUCGAGGAGUUGUAUAAUGGAGCAACACGAAAAUUGGCCCUGCAGAAAAAUGUCAUUUGUGACAAAUGCGAGGGACGAGGCGGCAAGAAAGGAGCUAUUGAGAAAUGUAUGCAAUGUCAGGGUGCCGGUUUGGAAUCACGUAUGCAGCAGAUCGGUCCCGGUUUGGUUCAACAUAUUGAACAGGUGUGUCGCAAGUGUUCCGGUACUGGUGAAACGAUUUCGGAGAAAGAUCGUUGCAAGCAAUGUCAUGGCCGCAAAACAGUGCGUGAACGCAAAGUACUCGAAGUGCACAUCGAAAAGGGUAUGCGUGAUGGCCAGAAGAUUAUGUUCAGUGGCGAAGGUGAUCACGAGCCCGAGUCACAACCAGGAGAUAUCAUCAUUCUAUUGGAUGAAAAGGAGCAUCAAACAUUUGUCCAUGCGGGUUCUGAUCUAAUGAUGAAAAUGCCCAUUCAGCUUGUUGAGGCUCUGUGUGGUUUCAAUCGAAUAAUUAAAACAUUAGAUGAUCGUGAUUUAGUUUUUAGUUCAGCACCAGGCGAAGUUAUUAGGCAUGAAAUGACAAAGUGCAUAAUGGAUGAAGGCAUGCCUUUGUACAAGAAUCCACUUGAAAAGGGACGUCUUAUCAUUCAAUUCGAAGUUAUCUUCCCCGAUUCAAUUCCAGUUUCCGUUAUUCCCGCUUUGGAGCAAUGUUUGCCGCCCAGGCCAGAAGUAGAAAUUCCAAUUGAUGCAGAACAGGUCACACUGUCUGACUUCGAUCCUAAACAUCGCGGACAACAACAACAACACCAUCGCAUGCCAUAUGAUGAAGAUGACCGCUAUGAUGAUGGGCCCGGACCCAGAAUGCAGCAAUGUUCCUCAAGUUAAGCAUGCAACUAAACCCCAAAUGGCGUAAACAACUAAAAAACACACUACUCCAAGAAAAGAAGAUUUGAAAGAGAAAAUCCUCGAUAGGCAAAACAGCAAAUUGUACUGUACUUUACACUACUACUAACUCGCAAUUCCUGUUUUUUUUUUAACAAACCACACAAUCAUGCAAAAGAAAGAACUUUCACAAUAUAUAUAUAUAUUAUGUUGCAAAAUUUGCAAAUUUUGAAAUCGUUUUAAGUAUCUAUUUAUGCUUUAUACACUGCUAGAAAGUUUUUCGGAAAUUCUAAAAAUUAUUUCACAGGUACCAGAAAACCUAAUUCGUUGCAUACAAAUUAAAAAUAAAUUUAAAAAACAGAUGGAACCGCUUGGAUUCCAGACGAAUGAUGCUACGAUUUCGUUUACUAAAAGCGAGAGACCGUUUCUAUUCGACACAGACACACACACAAGAUAAACCUUUGCAGCUAAAGAAAGAAAUAACUAUGACUUUAUAGAUGUACAUUAUAUACACCCUGCUCUACUUAUAAAGAACUUUAUACAUGUACCACAAACGUAUGCAUCAAAUUUAUCGUAUUGCAGUUGUAUGUACCAUUUGAAAUAGGAAAAAAUAUUAAACGGAACUGUUUUUGGUUAAUUUUUCAA